AGUAUCUUAAAAGAUAUUUUCCAUUUAUAAAGAAAAAAUAAAAAGAGAAUUUCAAAGAAGAAAAAUCUUAUUUAUUAUACCUAUAUAUUUCACGUUUAAAAUUCUUAAUCUAUUCUGUAUCCUACUAUAACUAGAAUUCAUUUAUUAUUAUAUAGAUUUGCAUUUAAUAAAUAUUUGUUUUUCCAUAAUAUCAAUUUAAUGUGAUAGAAACACAAAAACAAGCUCUGCAUUGGAAUAUAAUCACUGUAUUAUAAUUAACCAUGUCGGGAUCUUCGCGACGUCCGCGACUAUUUCGAAGGCAUUCGAGUCGAGAAAUUAUGAAUAAUUUGGCCUCAGUUUCAAGUAGUUUCUUACCUGCUUUCGGAACUAUAGUCGAUGAAACUUAUCACUUACAUCUCAAAAAAUUUGUUAUUGCUCCUUAUGAUAGACGAUACAGAUGGUGGCAAACGUUUCUAGUAGUAUUGGUGAUAUACUCUGCAUGGGCGUCUCCAUUUGAGUUGGCUUUUAAGAAAGUGUCAAUGGGACCUCUCUUACCUCUUGAUUUGAUUGUUGAUGCAUUCUUUGCUAUUGACAUUAUUUUGACUUUUUUUGUGUCUUACUUGGACAAAACUACCUAUCUUUUAGUGGUUGAUCACAAGAAGAUUGCUAUGAGGUAUGUAACCAAAAUGUUAUUUCCUAUGGAUGUGGCCUCAACUCUACCUUUUCAGCUCAUACACAGGGUCGUUACUGGUAAAGUCCACUCCGGUGAGGCAUUUCGGUUUCUCAGUUUGCUUAGGUUAUGGCGACUCAGGCGUGUUAGUCAACUCUUCAAAAGAUUAGAGAAAGACACGCGCUUUAGUUACUUCAUAACAAGAUGUUGCAAGCUAAUCUGCGCAACACUAUUCUCAGUGCACUCAGCAGGGUGCUUCUACUUCUGGCUGGCAACUCGCCACAAAAACCCGGAAAACACAUGGAUAGGAAGCCAAGUACCGGAUUUCGAGCAAAGGACAAUCAAAUUAGGCUACACAUACUCCAUCUAUUGGGCAGUUGUGACACUCACAACCGUAGGGUACGGUGACCUCCACGCGGUCAAUCCAAGCGAAAAGGCUUUCACUUUGUUCUAUAUGCUCUUCAACAUUGGUCUAACAGCCUAUGUCAUUGGUAACAUGACCAAUUUGAUUGUACACAAUGCUAUCAGAACAUUUGCUGUGAGAGAUUCUAUCAAUGAAAUAUUGAGGUAUGGUAGCAAAAACAGACUCCCAGAGGGACUAAAAGAUCAAAUGUUGGCACACUUGCAACUCAAAUCCAAAACAGUUGAAUUACAACAAGAAGAAGUGAUUGCAAAUUUGCCUAAAGCAAUAAGAACAAGCAUAUCUCAACAUCUAUUUUAUCCCACUAUUGAAAAGACAUAUAUCUUAAGGGGAGUCUCUCAAGAUUUCAUUGCUCAAAUGGUUUCAGAGAUAAAAGCAGAAUAUUUUCCACCUAAGGUUGAUAUAAUUUUACAAAAUGAGAUUCCAACAGAUUUCUACAUUUUGGUUUCUGGAUUAGUGGAGGUGCUAGUUUACAAAAAUGGUACUGAACAGCUUUUGUCAAGGCUAGGAUCUUCAGACAUGGCCGGAGAAAUCGCUGUACUUCUUAACAUUCCGCAACCCUUUACAUUAAGAACAAAGAAGCUUUCUCAGGUCAUCAGAAUAAGUCAUGAUCAUUUCAAGCAAUUAGUAAAGCCAAAUAGUCAAGAUGGAAACAUUUUACUCUCCAACUUCAUUCAGUAUUUGAAGAGCUUAAAACAAGAGAUUGUACAAGAAAUACCUUGUCUUCCAGAAUUAUUGAGUGACCUAGCUACUAUUACAGAGGCCACAGACUUGAAUGAGGAUCCACAAAAUCAAGAAUCUGUAGAUGGAAAUACAAGGGUAAUAGAAGAAGAUGUGGGUGGAAAUUGUUGUCCAUGGUGUAAUGUGAGAGUUAUUAUCCAUGGAAAUAGUCCUAACCAAAAUACAACAAAAGGGAAACUUGUAUAUUUACCUCCCACCAUUGAAGAUCUUUACCGUUUGGCAGAGAACAAGUUUGGAAAACGACCAAACAUGAUUGUGAUUGGUGAUGACUCAGAGGUUGAAGAAUUGAAUGCUUUAAGAGACAAUGAUCAUCUUUAUCUUAUCUUUUGAGCAAACAUUAUUUUUUUUUACAAAUUUUUUUGCACAUUUGUACAAAAGUUUACAAGUCGCAAAUUUUAGUGUGUGUGUGUAUGUAGUAGUACUUCUAAACUACAUGUUUUGACAGAGAAUUAGUAAAGAGUACAAAUGGUGCUUAAUAUUAGCUAGAAUGAGAUAUAUAUUAUUAUUUGUGUAAUUUUUUUUUAAGUAGUAAAUAAAUUUAUUUAUUUUUUUUAUUA